GGUGGGGGUGCGGGGUGGGGGCUGAUGUUACAAAGGAGGCCCAGAAUGAGCUGUUUCAUUGCUUGAUGUUUUAAUACCAUUGUUACUCUCACUUUGCUACGAUGAUGCUCUUGUGCUUAGCACUAGGAGUGCUAUCAGUGCUGGCACAACUACAGUACACGCAUAUACCACAAGAGCUCUAUGAUAAUCUUACAACGUUUGCUCACUUGAUAGAUAUAGCGUAUUGUAUCUCGCCGGUGUCUGGGAUAUCGCCGCCUUUCCAAUGCGAUAAUGACUGUGACUCGUUUCACGGCAUUGAGGUUGUGCAUCAGUGGUCCUCCGAAGGACGGUUGCCCCUACGAGGCCCGUCACAGUCGCUUCUGGAAACCUCAGGUUAUAUGGCUCUCUGGCAUGAACAGUUGAUGAUCCUCAUAGUUUUGAGGGGGACGAGGUCGUUCAAGGACACCUUGACAGAUCUCAAUACUGAAAUGGUUGCCUAUGAAGAAUCGCCGUCGACUUGCGUUAACUGCAAGGUUCAUAAGGGAUUCUACAUGAGCUAUCUACUGACAUGGGAUGGGAUCAAAACCCAUGUUGAUUAUUAUACCCAGUUGUAUCCGGACUAUGAGGUUCGGGUCAUGGGCCACUCAUUAGGAGGCGCUAUAAGUGUCUUUAUUGGGUUGAAAUUGGCUCUGUUGGACGACUCAAAGGACAUUAAGGUGGUUACGAUGGGUCAGCCAAUGGUUGGAAACCCACAAUUUGCACAGUUCAUAGAUUCCACUUUCAAACUGGAUCUUGAUGAGCCUUUCAUUGAGGGUAGUAUCCUAAGAAUAACGCAUCGAAAUGACCCAGUUGUGAAGUUGCCCAUGUACGAUAAUCGUAACUGGUUAUCCGGGUCACAGUUUGAGCAUUCUGGUAAUGAGAUUUUCAUCAAUGAAUCACUGGUGAGGAAGUAUACCCCACAGUUACAGAACGUUGUGUACUGUGACGGCCAUGAAGAUGAAGGUUGUUCAGCUGGUGUACCCUUUACCAGUGAUAACAGACAACAUUUGAACUACUUCAGGAAACUCGGAACUUGUGGAUUUGGGUUUCUGGGUCAUCUCUGGAAUUUGAAGCGUAAAUCAUCGUCGUCAUCAUCGUCAUCGUCACUAUUAUCACCAUCAACGGAGAUUCUUUGAAUGACAGAUGUCCUGUCGCAUGAAAUUCCCAUGCCAGAUGAUUCACUCGCUUCUGAAACUUGCUCAGUAUUUCGACUCAUAUUUUCCAUUCUCAUCGGCUCAAAUACAUCAGCAUCUUGUUGUACUCUCAAUGGCAUAUCCAAUCCAUCAUUGGAAGCAUCAUUUUCAUCACGAAAGUUGAAGCUACCUGCCAACUCAUCAUUGUCGUCAUCACUGUAGUCCGAAUCAACAAAGAGCUUGUUCUCACGUGGUGCCUGUUCUUGAACAGUGCCUCCAGUUAAUUCAUUUCGUUCGAUUUCCUCACUC